AUGUCGAUAGCGAUUGAAGGACAACCGGCCGUGGGGCCCCAGCGCGGCGCGUUCAUCGUCCUUGAGGGUCUUGACCGCAGCGGCAAGACGACGCAGGUGAAGCUCCUAGAGCAGAAGUUGGUCGACCAGGGGAAAAAGGUCAAGUUGAUGCGAUUUCCAGAUCGCACAACACAGAUUGGCCAGAUGAUUGAUGCCUACCUCAAAAGCGCUGUCCGUAUGGACGACCAUGCGAUUCACCUCCUCUUCAGCGCCAACCGCUGGGAAGCCGCCGAGACCAUCAACACCAUCCUUGCGUCCGGAACCACCAUUGUAUGCGACCGCUACGCGCACUCGGGCAUGGUCUACUCGGCCGCCAAGGGCCUCGCCUCGCUGCGUCUGCCGUGGGCGCGCGCCGCCGACGCAGGGCUCCCGCGCCCGGACCGCGUCGUGUUUCUGGACCUGGACGAGGCGACGGCGCGCGCGCGCGGCGGCUGGGGAGAGGAGGUGUAUGAGCGAGGGGAGAUGCAGCGGCAGGUGAGGCGGCUGUUUGGCGCGCUGGCGAGGGGGGACGGGAGGGACGCGGACGGGCGGUUGGUGGAGGGGCUGACGGGGGAGGAGGCGUGGUUGGAGGAGGAGAGAGGGGACGUGUGUGUCGUGGACGCGGGAGGUGCGGUGGAAGAGGUGGCGGAGAGAGUGUGGAGGGCGGUGAACGGGGUGAGCGGGAGGAAGAGGGUGUUGCUGUGA